UACUUAACUUAAAGGUGUCAGAGUUUUUUUGUAGGCUAGGCCUACAUGAAUACUAUUUUUCUCGAUUUAACUAAUACGUCUCAGCUGAGCCUAGGCCUAUUGCGAUCGAAGACAUGUCGCAUCUUUUCCCGCCACAAGCUGGUACCCGGAGCUCUUCAGUGUGAAGUGGCAGUAACCGGCCUCGUUUUUCAAGCAAGAUGUCCGAUUUCAUUCUGUAGGUGUGUACAUUCAACAAUAACAAUGGGGUUAUCAGAGGAAGGAGAAGAAAAUGUGUUUCAUAGAUUCGAGGAGGUAUGCCUCGACUUGAAUAUGGAUGCUUCAACUAAAGAUGAAGCAUGGCAGAAUUACCAGAAGAUGCUAGCCAACUUCUCUCUUGAGGGAGACCAAAUGCACUGGCUGGCUUGUGCGCUGUAUGAGGCAUGUCGGCGUACAAGUGUACCUACUGUUGGAAGAGGAACAGUAGAAGGAAAUUGUGUCUCACUGACCCGUCUCCUUCGAUCCUCAAAAUUCAGUUCUGUCCACAGUCUCAUUCAGUUUUUCAACAAGAUGCGCAAGUGGUCUGACAUGGCCAGUCUGCCCAAGUCAUUCAGGGACAAGAUUGACAAACUGGAAAGGAACUUUGCUGUGUCCACUGUAAUUUUCAAGAAGUUUGAGCCCAUCUUCUUAGAUAUUUUUGUGAAUCCGUCACAUGAAUUACCAAGGCAGCACCGUGGGCGGAAACAAAGAUCAGUUCACAUGAAAAACAGAAAAUGGACAAAAAAUGGAUUGCAGCUAGUUGAAGGGAGAUACCCUUGUACUUCCAAUGAGGUGUUUAACUUUGCAUGGACCAUGUUUGUUCAAGUGAAAGGUAAUUUUCCAGCCAUCAGUGAUGACUUGGUUAACUCGUACCACUUGCUGCUGUGUUGCAUUGAUUGGAUCUUCGCUAAUGCUGUUCUGGGUGCAAGGAAGGAUCUGCUUAAUCCUGACUUUGAAGGUUUGCCAGAGGAUUUCCAUGCCGCCACAUGGCGACCAGGUGCGUCUGCCCCGUGCAUCGUGCAGUUUUUGUGUGAGCGUCAUGACGGGCUUGUUGUUGAAGCCAAGACCAUCAAAGAACAUUGGUGGAAGCCGCAUGUGCGCAGGCUUUUUGAGAAGAAGGUCCUCAAAGGAAAAGUAGACAACCUGUCGGGAAUCUUAGAAAUUGGGAACUUUGAAGAGAAUGUAAAAACAAUAAGCAACUUAUAUGAGGAAUUUGUCCUGGGUGUUGGAGACUUUGAUGAGCGCAUUUUCCUCGGGGAGGAUGCUAAUGAAGAGAUUGGCACACCUGGAGGUCAGACUUCAGCAGCAGACCUUGCUCAACAGAUGCAGGUCAAGAGGUCGACACUGAAGCAGCACUUUGAUGAGACCAAGUCACUGACCCCAUCUACACCUCUGACUGGUCGGCGAUAUCUUAAAGAAAAAGAUCCCACAAGUGUGACACCUGUCUCCACGGCAACUCAAAGUGUAUCUCGUCUGCAAACAUUGCUGGCCGGCUGUAAAACUAUGCCGUCAGACACGUUAUUGGAACUGUUCAAAAGCUGCAGUCGUAACCCGAAUGAAGAGAUUGUUCAAAGAGUGAAGGAGAUGGGGGAAAUGUUUUGCAAAUUUUAUGCCAAGUCAAUUGAAAACCAAGCUGGUGCCCCUAUUGAUUUUGGCCGCAAACGACUUCAACUUGGAGAGAGCCUGUAUUUCAAGACACUGGAGGGCAUUGUACAAGGAGAGAAGAAAAGAAUCACUGGCUCAGAUGGUAGCCAGCGUAAAAUUGAUCUUUUGGGACUUCUGGAAAAUGACUUCUUCCAUCGUUCAUUGUUUGCCUGUUGUCUGGAGAUUGUGAUUUUUUCCUACAAUUCGCAAAGAACAUUUCCAUGGAUUGUGGACAUUUUUGAGCUGAGUCCAUAUCAUUUUUACAAAGUGAUUGAGAUCAUCAUCAGAGCAGAGAAGGGCCUCUCCAGAGAUGUCGUCAAGCACUUAAAUCAUAUUGAGGAAAGCAUUCUUGAGAGUUAUGCAUGGAAAAGUGACUCUCCACUUUGGGAGGCUUUAAGGGAACAGAGUGUGCCCAACUGUGAAGAGGUGAUGCCUGGCACUCACAUGGACAGCAAAGGUGCACCAACAACAGGAUCAAGUUCUGGCUUCCCAUUCCAUGCUCGACACCCAAGACUUCGCUCUCUGGUUGGAGACAUAAAGGCAGCAAUACAGAAAAGCUCAGAGCAGGUCACCUCCCCCGUGGCCCCUAUGGCAGCAGACAGAUUCAGCUCCCCGACCCCGGGCAAUGCUAAGCGCAGGCUGUUCGGCGUCGGGCCAUCGGUAACCACGCUGCCCUUCAGCUCCCAGGGCUCGACUGUCGGCACGUCAUCAAGCGUGUCACCGGUCAUCACGGUCAUCUCCUCGACCGCUCAUGUUGCCUCGACCAACACCACGCCUGCACAGAUGGUACCCCCUCAGGCUAAGUCCAUUCUGCUGAGUCAGCUCAAAGGUGGCGCCUCAGACACGCUGCUGGUUUCCAAUAAGGCGGCCUCCACACUAGCACCGACCACUGUGCUACCGCGCUCCGACUCUCCCCCGCCCACAACGACCAUUGUCAGCACCACCACAUCCGGCACUGAUUCCCCAGCUCCAGGGGCCUCAACCGUGACCAGCUCUUCGACAUCUACAGCAACUAUCGUGUCGGUUGGUGAGCCCCCUGAGGCGAUUAGCUCGGAAAACAGCAGCUCCAACAGCCCUACCCCCGUGGCUUCUGCCUCAGGCUCAACAGUUGUUUCAUCCGCUGCUGCUACCAGCAACGGCGACAGUCCCACUGCUUCCACAGGGGGGAAGGCACCCUCUGGCCAGACGCAGCAAGCCAUUGUUGCCAUGAUGGAAGAUGGCCGACAGAUUCUCAUCCCAGUUCAGAUUGCCCAACCCUCGGCUUCCAGCACCACCUCACCGGCCCCUGGCAGCCAACAGUCAACUGCUACCAAUUCUGUCUCUACCAGCACCACACCAUCCACCAGUGCAAGCCCUGGAGCUGGCUCUGCAAAGAAGCCUGCUUACUUUCAGGUCCACUAUAAGCUGGAUGCGAAGAAUGAGCAGCCCCCUGACCAUACGUACAACAAACCCAAAAAGACCGGCUCACUGGCCCUCUUCUUCCGUAAGGUUUAUCAUCUGUGCAGCGUGCGUCUGCGCGAUCUGUUUGAGAAGCUUGACCUGGAGGAUGAAGCACUUUUGAGGAAGAUCUGGACGUGCUUUGAGUUUGCUCUGAUCAGUCACCCCCCGCUGAUGUGUGACCGCCACCUGGACCAGCUUAUCAUGUGCUCCAUUUACCUCAUUGCUAAGGUGACUGAGCGUCCGCUGACAUUCCAGAACAUUAUGAAGUGCUACAGACUGCAGCCCCAGGCUCAAAGCCAUGUGUACCGUAGCGUUUUGCUUUCAAACCGCCAUCGCCAUGGUUCGGGCAGCAGUGACAGCAGCAAAAGCAAUGGUGGAGGCAGUGGCACCUCGUCACCUGUAACCAUUGAGACGAGGUCCGAGGCCAACAGCAGAGACCGGGAUAAGAAGCGGGAGCCCCCUGUGAGGUCAUCAAGUACCCUGCCUCAGCCACACCCCGGCAGCCAGCCUCCGACCCCAACUCGUUUUCUGGGCAGUGGCGCUGACUUUGACCCUGAGGAGGAACGAGGUGAUCUGAUCAACUUCUACAACCGGGUUUUCCUGAAGAAAAUCCGGUCGUUUGCUUUGCGCUUUGCGGAGAAAGUUGGAGAGACUUCUAACACCCCCAAACUGUCCCCGUUGCCGGCCGUGCGUUGCCUGCAGUCGUCCCCCCGGCGAGUGUCCAGCCACCAUUCGCUGUUUAUUUCUCCCCAUCAUGCUGGCUCGCCUGUCCCAGCUCAUGCCACAGGGGGCAUGACUUACUGCAUCAACCGCAGUCCUUCCAAGGACCUGCAAGCAAUCAAUCGCAUGAUCAAAGCCAAUACACCGGCCAGUAAGCGCGCCCUGGAGGUGGAUCGUGAUGACUCGGUGCACAGUCCGGCCAAGAGGUUGGCUCUGCCCUACACGCUCUUACGCAGACUGCAUGGGCUGCAGGCAGUCAUUGACAACACUAACGCUCCCUGAGCUGUCUGCGUAUUCAGAACAAUGUGACUGCUUCAAAACAAGACUGCUAAAAAUUCUGUGACAUAAAUUCACUUAUAGUUUCUGUCUAUUGCAAAUCUUUGUGUUUUCUGCCCCUGUCUACCUCCUUUGCUCUUCAAAAGUCUGUUUUUCUCUCUAUUUCUUUUCUUUUCUUGUAUCGCUCACUUUCCCAUUCACUUUUUUCUGCGUGAAAAUGGGCACACAAAGUGUGAUGUUAUUUGUACUGUACAAUAUCCAAUUUUAUCGUUUAUCAAAUCGAAAUAUAACAUGGGAAUGAAAUGUUAGUAACCUGUGAAUAGUGAACUGUAUAUAUCACAUGCCUUACCUCCCUCCCCCUUUCCCUAUUUUUUUUCUGUACAUUGUAAAAAGAAACAACUUAAAAUGGCAAUGGUAUGCUUAAUGAUGCCUAUGGUAAGGCGAGAGUAGACUGUGUGUCUUGAAUUGUUGAUCCAUAUAAUGAUCAUUGGAGAUAAGUAGGGAGCUGCCUCCUGUUUGCUCUAUUUCAGGGGUGUGCAACAUGUUUCAUUGGUGAGCCACUUUUGAACGCUGGAGCAAUAUGGGCCUGUCAUGGUCAAAGUAUG